AGGGAAAUUUCAUGUCUCGACAUGCCCCAAUUACUUAAUGCACGAUACUCGCAAAGCUUCCUAGCCAAGCGCCACACCCUAUCCCUCAUCGUCUUGCCAACCAGGCUGUCCGCCGCCACACAUCUGCGACAGGUUGAAGCCAAACUAAAACCGGAACAGAGUCUGGCGGUGAGUCCCGUGACCCCCAUCGUUUGGUGUGCGUUCGACCGAUCGAGCCACAUUGGAGCCCGUCACCGUGUCCGCCCUCCCUUUUGCUCCGUUCCUCUAUCCCAUCCCCCCCCGAAGCCUCUCAGUAUCGAUAAACCCUUCUCCAUCUCUUCUCGUCCUCCCUCACAAACCACGUUUUUCUAACGCCACCCAUCUCGUUUCCCAUCAGUCCUUCCAUCGAUAAAUACCCAGCGAAUAACGAUUACUGCGGCUGAGACAUGAAUCGGGGUGGUAAACUUGCACCGGAAGUCCAAAGAGCUCUGUUCGUCAAGAAUCUGAGGUACGAACAAAUAUACGCCUCGCUAUCAUCUCAGCCAUCCACUCACUGCAUUUUUUUUUAGCUACAACGUAUCGUCCGAGGAACUCUUCGAUCUCUUUGGCAAGUUUGGGCCAAUUCGGUAGAUAUCCGCCCUCCCCUAUCCCAAGCGAUCGCUGAGUUGUCUGACUGUGCAAAACCGUGUAUUAGUCAAAUUCGCCAAGGUAUCGCGAAUAACACCAAAGGCACCGCAUUCGUCGUAUAUGAAGACGUGAUGGAUGCAAAGACAGCUUGCGAUAAGCUGAAUGGUUUCAACUUUCAGAAUCGCUACCUCGUUGGUUUGUUGCCCCCUUCUCCCGGACCAUGCUAUGUCGUCGCUCCCCGUUACCUUUGCCGUGCUGAUAGGGAUGGAAUUGGGUAGUGCUAUACCAUCAACCGGAGAAAAUGGCUCGUUCAGAAAGCGACCUUGCCAAGCGCCAGGAGAGCUUAGAAAAGCUCAAGAAACAGCACGGUAUCGAUUAACCAUCCGAGGACCCCCAAAAACCGGAAGAAAGGGAGAGCCCAUUCGCCAGGUUUGUAGGAUUUUUCCGGAAUUCUCUCGCUUGGUCCCACCGGGGGUUCAGGUCUUGGGGCACUAGUGAUAUGAUAUCGAAAGUGGUUGAUUCGUGCUUGGCUCUCUGGGAAGGGUUGGAGGCGUUCUAAGUUAUUGUUUAACCGGAUUUCUGUUUUGUGCCGCUAUUCUUAUUCUUAUUCUUUUGAUUUUACGAUCCUCUUUUCUUCUCACCAUCAUUACGUUGCGUUUGCUGUAUUCCUUUUCUUCCCCGUGGGGUGAUGGACCAGACCAGCCCUUGUUAAAAGUUUGGGAUCACGGUAUGCAGGUGGCUACGCAGGAUACCUGUGUGCUCCCCCGAUCUUUUCUAGGCCUGGGCACUAAAGCUGAUUGAAGGAACUCGGCAAUUGCAUCGAUUCUAUUGGCUACCCUUUUUUUCUCACCCUUCCUUCUUUCCUUCCUUGCUCAUCGGAUAUUUAUUUAGCUUAUCGCGCCACAAUCUGAACAAAAAUACCAGUACCACCAAACUUGUAUUUUUAUUUUUAUUUUUUUUCGCUCAGAAAAGAAAAUAUCUUAUAUCAUGAAUCCCUUCAACAAAUGAAACAACAGGAAACGAGAAGAAAAAAACUGUCGGAUAGACAAAGUCCUCCACACGCAUUUCCCCCAGCCAACCAUUACCACCAAUUAACAUUUUUCUUUUUUUUUAUAAUAUUAUAUUCUUUUUUUCUUUUCCCUCCGUUUAACGUCAUCCUCAUCACCACAUCCCCCGAAAAACAAAAGAGACAAAAUUGCCGCAAGGCCGACCGGAACACCCCAUAUCAUAUUCCCCCAAUAACGCCAAUACCAAUACCGAUAUAUCCCUAUUGGAUUAUUUAAGAAAAAACAAACAAACUCCUUCCAAUGAAGCAGGGUACCUCUCCACGACAAAAGUCAGCCUACACACAAAAAAGCAACAAACCCUUAAUCAAGAGACAAAGGAGGGAAUAAAAAAACAAAAGACGUACCUGCAUGAAUAAACCAAAGCACCUACGGUAAUCAUACACAUACGCCAUACCAGCACCCGUUUCACGAAGCGUCACUCACUCCAAGGGAGGGAAAACUGCUGUUGCUCUGACGCCGGUGAGGAUGGCGGCGGCGGCGGCGGGAAUGGAGAUUCCUUUAUGUACCGGUGAAUACUCGCGAGGGAGAGGGAGAGGUUUGGUUUUGUGGUCAUUCUGGUCGUGCCGGGUGGUGGUGGUGGCGGUGAUGGUGAUGGUGAUG